GAAAAAUCGAAUUGUCGUGAUGAUGUCUUCUUGCUUAGGGCAGGCAUCAACCACUAACCCUUUCGGAACAGAUACAGAUGAGAUCAACAUCCGGAGGCAGCUGUCUAUCGGCCUAUGCAGUUAUGGACUCUGUCGAAUGUGUCUCUUCUCUUCUCAGCCUUCCCGCUAUACGCUUUAAGAACUAUCUCUCAAGAAACCGCAACUUCGAUAUAUAUAUAUACCAACGUGAUGUUCGAGUCAGGGUAAGCUGAAACUGAUACUACGAGAACAUAAACUAAUAAGCACGCAGACCCGUCUCAUUGUCCAGUGACUGUUGGCUAUGCGUCUUCGAUCAUCUCAAGCUAAAUGACCUGCUUUCUGCCUCGUUGGUGUCCAGAGUUUUCAACACGUGCGCUCAGCGAUUCCUCUAUCGCUCAAUAUCAUGGGCCUGGUGCAAGGUUUCUCUGAAGCGCAUCCUGCAGUUGUCGAGACCCGUCCUGCGGAGUCAGGAUAUGGCUUCAAAGAUCAAGCGGGUUGACCUACGAUCUAGCGAAAAGAACAGUUGGUGGACUGAAGACGAGAACCUCGGCGCAUAUAAUACAGACAGGCAGACUGUUUCCUGUGACGAGUUCAAAGACAUUUUGACAAGGGCUCAGGCCAUUAUUGAUGAAGCUCGUUUCCCAAAUGCUGCUAUGUGGAAGAAGGCUCUCCAAGAUGGAAAUGCUUAUGCGUUUGUUGCCAUUCUUCUGUCUCAACUGCACAGUCUUUGUGCCCUUCGUUUGGACUUCACAUUUGUCUGGAAGUCAGGCUUUCCGGGACUAAUGUUGAAGCAUGCUCUUUUCACCGCACCGAAGGGCAGGCUAUCAACUUUCGAGUGUCUUGCUUUUGUGGAUUAUGGUAGCAAUGUCCCGAUACCACCUGAUUCUGAGUAUGUGGAUGGUGGCUAUGUGGAUGGCCACCCUUCCUGUGAGCCUGGUCAGUUCAUGGCUUGGUUCUACUUACCAUCUCUUCGAACGCUCUGGAUCUGGCUACAAGAUUGCCAGGAAAUCCUGGCAUGUAAGCGACUAAUCAGCUUCGACCGUGUGGGCUCGCUUGUUCUCGCUCGUCCAAAUAUCCGAGAAGAGGAGGCAAUAUACCUAUUGUACCUAAUGAAAGUUCCGAAGAGACUUCAUGUGGGAAUGGAAGUACCUGACCUGGAAAACAAAGAGGCUAUCCUGGAAGGUUUGAAACACAUCAGCGAAUCGCUCUCUUUCUUCCGGAGUGCCCAUGUGCCCCGCAGUAUCAGCCAGCCAUGCUUUGUGGAGACUGAAUUCAAGCAACAGCAAACGGAAGCCUUCUGAAGGGGUUUCCUGGCUUUCCUUUGUGUAAUUGCCGGCUAGUCCUGCAGUCCCAUGAACGAGGCCUGUAACAAUCCAUUAACAGAGUCUGCCCUGAUAGGGAUAAAUAUUGGGGCGCAUAUGACAAUGUCGAGAGCAAAUGAGCCCAAGCCGGAAUCCGGCCGAUUGUGAUUGGUGACGAUAUGUCGCCCGCGGCUGGGCACUUCGAUGUUUGUUACUUUGGGAUAAUUGGUACCCUGUUGUUUGGUCGUAUAUAGUGACAAUAUCACAACGAUUGCUACUCUUGAUGGUAUCCCAUAUGGUCGCUUACCGCCAAAAGAAAUAUUCUCCAUGCAGGAUAGACGUCAUGUGACGCUGAUCGAGACUCCACUAUUCUCGGACGAAGCCUUGGCUGGAAACAAGUGUUUCUGGGGCAUUUACAGAGUAAAGAGGUGUAGAAAGAGGUGUAGAAAGAGGUGUAGAAAGU